GGCCUGGCCCCCGCACAGCACCUCAUCCGGGUGGAGGGGAACCCCCAGGCGCGUUACCACGACGACGAGACCACCAAACGGCACAGCGUCGUCGUCCCCUAUGAGCCCCCCGAGGUGGGCUCUGACUGUACCACAGUGCUGUACAACUUCAUGUGCAACAGUUCCUGCAUGGGGGGGAUGAACCGCCGCCCCAUCCUCACCAUCCUUACACUGGAGGGGCCGGGGGGGCAGCUGUUGGGGCGGCGCUGCUUCGAGGUGCGCGUGUGCGCAUGUCCGGGGAGGGACCGCAAGAUCGAGGAGGAGAACUUCCGGAAGAGGGGCGGGGCCGGGGGCGUGGCUAAGCGAGCAAUGUCGCCCCCAACCGAAGCCCCCGAGCCCCCCAAGAAGCGCGUGCUGAACCCCGACAAUGAGAUAUUCUACCUGCAGGUGCGCGGGCGCCGCCGCUAUGAGAUGCUGAAGGAGAUCAAUGAGGCGCUGCAGCUCGCCGAGGGGGGGUCCGCACCGCGGCCUUCCAAAGGCCGCCGUGUGAAGGUGGAGGGACCCCAACCCAGCUGCGGGAAGAAACUGCUGCAAAAAGGCUCGGACUGACCACGCCCCCUUUUUCCUUUAGCCACGCCCCCUUUCCCUUCAGCCCCGCCCCAUUUCCCUUCAGCCCCGCCCCAUUUCCCUUCAGCCACGCCCAAUUUCCCCUUUACCACGCCCCCUUUCCCUUCAGCCACGCCCCCUUUCCCCUUAGCCACUCCCCUUCCCCCGCGAAAGCCCCGCCCACCCCCGCCGUAACCACGCCCACGCUUCCCACCCCCCUCCCAAUCUGACCACGCCCCCUUUACGCCUUAACCACGCCCCCUCUCUCCUGGCCCCGCCCCCCUCCGCUUUGGCCAUGCGUAAAUCCCCCCCCCCCCCCGCCCCCCCCCGGCUCAUUUUUAAUGCUUUUUUUGAUACAAUAAAACUUCUUUUUUUACUG